AAACUGGGCUUGGCUCAGUCAGAAGCACCGUUGAAAGCCUUCGUCAUCCAGGUUCAGUUUCUGGAGGAGUUUAUGAGCUCACAGAGCUGGAUGCACCUCUGAAAGCAUGUAGUGGACUCAGACACGGUCCUAAACGUAUUGACACAGUUUUUCAGCCUUUAUAAAGCACAUUAAAGGUUAUUUACUACAUAUACAUGUGCGAUUUACACACUAGAGCACAUCUUAUUCUCAUUUAGUCCCUAUUCUCUUUUACGAUAUAUCGUUGUUUGUUUGUUUUGUCCGCAGGUCUGUGUGGCAGAUCUCUUGAUUAAACAGUCAGGUGUGUCACCUGAGCAUAUUGCAAUUCUGACCCCUUACAAUGCACAGGUGUCCGAGAUCAAAAUGACACUGGAGAAGAAGAAUGUUAGAAACGUCACCGUCUGCACUGUGAUGAAAAGCCAAGGAAGCGAGUGGCCGUAUGUGAUCGUCUCCACCGUUCGCUCCUGCUCCACAUCUGACAUACAGGCUUAUAGAGUCAGACCACAUAAAGCCUGGCUUGGGAAAAGACUAGGAUUCGUCACCGAUGCAAAUCAAGUCAAUGUUGCUAUAACUCGUGCACAGGAUGGACUGUGCAUUCUGGGUAAUAGUGACCUGUUGAGAUGCUGUGAACUUUGGGACAGACUCCUGGAUCACUAUUACAGAAAAAGUUGUGUGGUUAAUCCAGCCAGUGACAUUCGGGUCAAAGCAAAGGCAUCAGAAGGACUGGCCAUUUAUACAGGAAACCAAAAGGAAGAUACAAAUUUCUGUGACCAUAUUUGCAAUGCACUAUGAAAUACACUCCGAAAUGAAAGGAUAAGAGCUGUCACUGGGGUUGGACCUUGGUACCUCAAAGGCAUAUAUAUAUUAGCUACUACUUUUUAGGUACUAAUAUGUACCCUUGAGUACCACAGUUCCAUCUCUUGUAUUCCUGAGAGUGUAGAUUUAACGGUGUUUCAACAAAUAUUGAAUCGCAGUCCAUGUUUGGGGCUCAUUAGAGACAAUAGUUUGUUUUAUUUACAUGUUAAAUCAUUUAGAUCAUUUAGUAGUUUUCUGUUUUCUCUUUCAUAAUAACUAGCUGAUUUAUUAGUGCCACUUGUGCCUUCUUAGGACUUUUAUUUAACAUUUAUAAUGUUGCAUUCAAGUUGCUGAAUCCUAAAAAUUUUUUUAAUUAUAUUUGUUAUAAUGUGCAUUUUUGUAUUUGCAGCUUACCUAAAUAUUGUGAUGACAUUAUAUAUACAGUGCAAGUCAAAAUUAUUAUUAUUUUGUUCUUUUUUUUUUUAAUUUUUCAAAAAUGAUGUUUAACAGAGCAAGAAUUUUUUCACAGUAUUUCCCAUAAUAUUUUUUCUUCUGGAGAAAGUCUUAUUUGUUUCAUUCUGGCUAGAAUAAAAGCAGUUUUUAAUUUUCUUCU